AUGUCUUUCCCCUACCAGAAGGUCCUCGUCAUCGGCGCCACCUCCGGCAUCGGCAAAUCCCUAGCCACCAAGCUGGUUGAGAAUGGCAUCCGCGUGGUGGUCGCCGGCCGCCGCAAGGAGAACCUGGAUGCGUUCGUCGCCCAGCACGGCAGCGACAAAGUCGACUCCGCCGUGUUCGACGUGAUGCAGCUCGAGAAGAUCCCCGAGUUCGCCGCCAGCAUCACGACCGCCCACCCAGACCUGGACUGCGUCUUCGUGAACAGCGGCAUCCAGCGACCGUUCGAUUUCGCGCGCCCGGAGACCGUGGACCUGGACAUCUUCGACCAGGAGCUGAUCACCAACUACACGUCGGCGGUGCGGCUGACCAAGGCGUUCCUGCCGCACCUGCAGCAGCAGCCGCGCCAGACGGCGCUGGUCUACACAACCUCGCAGAUGGCGCUGGUGCCCAUGAUGCGGUGCCCGAACUACGGCGCCUCCAAGGCGGCACUGCACCACUUCAUCCUGGCGCUGCGCACGCAGCUGAGCGAGAGCGCCCAGGGCGACGUCCGCGUGCUGGAGAUCUACCCGCCCGCCGUGCAGACGGAGCUGCACGACGCCAAGCACCAGCCCGACCUCAAGGACGGCCACCUCAUCGGCAUGCCGCUGCAGGAGUUCGUCGACGAGGUCUGGGCCCGUCUGGACAAGGGGGAGGACCAGAUCCCCGUCGGCUCCGCCGCCGACAUCUUCCAGGCCUUCGAGGUCAAGCGCCAGGAGCUGUACAAGGGGAUGACCGAGUUGUUGUCGGGUCUGUUGAAGCAGUUCCUGCGCGAGUAA